AUCCCAUCUGAAAAACAGAAAAGAUGCCAUCUACUGAUUGUGAGAAGUAAAUGAGCCUGGUACCUGACUCCCUGAGUGGUGCUAGGGGUUACCAGCACAUAUCUGAGGGUCAGAGAGACCUGGGUUCAAAUUCUUAGCUCACUGGUUGCCACAAGGCGUGUGGGCAGUUUACCCCUGAACCUCACUCGUCUGAGAAAUGGGCAUGGUGGUUAUACCCUCGUGGGCCUGCUAUGAGGAAGUAAUCACGGCAAAGUGCUCCUGGGGCUUCUGGUCAACAGGCAGCAGUUGUUUUUCUCUUUCUCCUUUCCCUUGAAAAAUCUCACUUUUAGUCACCCUGUGGCUGACUAUGGCACACAGCUGCUGCAGGGUUAAUGCAGAAGGGCCUCUAAUUCGGUCUGGAGUGCCAUGCUUCUGAAGGUAACAGGUCAGGUGACCUCAGGCAAAGCUCUUACACUCAAACACCUUCAGGGCCAGCAGAGGCCAUAAGGCGGCGGCAGGGUGGGGGGUGGGGGGGGCUGGAACUUCUUUUAACCACUCUUGCCUUCAUUCACUGUCCACAAAUGCUCAGAGCUGGGGAGAGGGGGCUCAUUGGUGCAGAAGCCAGGAAACCAUCUGCCUACCCCUGCUGAGGUGGGGCUUUGUGCGAGGGGUGGAGCUUAGCAUGAAGGGGCAGGGCUUAGCUAGAGGGAUGCAAGCCUCACUCAGCAAUCAGCUAGAAAAACUGCUUCUGCCUAGUCAGGUGGGCCCCAUUCUGAGGUCAGCAGCGGCUGCUGGGCCUGCCCUCUGGCCAGGGCCUGCUCCCAGCCUGGUUGCCCCUGGCCCUUGAAGGGCCCUCUGUAGUGAGGAGCUCACAUCUAGUGUCACAACCCAUAACCGCCCUGGCUUCUGUGGCCGCAAGCAGCUUAGGGGGCUUUUUUGUACUCAAACAACUUCCUUGUGUCUGGCACCCCCCUGGGAAUGAUACUCAGCCAAGAACCCAAGCCCAGAUGGUGGCCAUGUAGGGAACUGGCACAAGCUGGCUGGGAGACAGCUUUCCCCACAACUUUCUUUUUCAGCAAUUAGCCGAUUAGUCAAGUACUCAGAAUGCCCAAGGUUCAGACUCAGUCCUGCCUCUUCCCUGCUCUAUGACCUGGGCCAAGCUCCUUAACCUCUCUGAGCCUCAGUUUUUCAGCUGGCAGAAGGAACCCAAACUCAAAUGUGAUUGUUGUAAAGUUUAAAAUGAAAUACUAUAAAGAAAGCAGUCAGUACAGUGCACAGCCUGCAGGAGCCCUCAGGAGAACAAUUUGUUCUGCCUCCCUCCAACAUAGGGGUUCCCCAGGUGCAGGAGGCUGGAAAGGGAGAAGGCAGGAGUCCUGGGCGGGGUGAGUGGAGAAGGUUCAGACCAAGCCCAAGUUCAGUUGCCUUACAGUGAUGGGUUGGUUAUCUUGCCACCAGCCUCAGGAUUUAAUUAAGUUACUGAUGAAUCCAAACAUGUCUCUAGGGAGCCAGGAGCUGUCCCUGGUUUCCUCUGCCUGUAGAUUAAUUCUUGUUUUUCCUUUUUUUUUUUUUCCCUCCCCCCCACCUUCUUCCCAAGCAAGCAAAAAAAAAAAAAAAAAAAAAAAAAAAAAAAAGCCUUAUUUAUUAUCAUUUUCUCCACUGUUGGCAUGGCAACACAGGCGUACGUUACUGAGCUACAGGCAGCCCCGCAACCAUCCCAGCCACCACAGGCACCUCCACAGCCCCAGCCCCAGCCACCACCUCCGCCCUCAGCGGCACCCCAGCCACCCCAGCCCCCUGCCACUGCCGCCACCCCCCAGCCCCAGUAUGUCACCGAGCUGCAGAGCCCCCAGCCCCAGGCACAGCCACCAGGCAGCCAGAAGCAGUAUGUGACAGAGCUCUCAGCUGCCCCCGCACCCUCGCAGCCGGCUGGCGCACCUGCCCCAUCCCCGGCGUCCCAGCAAUACAUCGUGGUCACCGUCUCCGAAGGUGCCAUGCGGGCCAGUGAGACUGUGUCAGAGGCCAGCCCAGGCUCCACGGCCAGCCAGACUGGAGUCCCCACUCAGGUGGUUCAGCAGGUGCAGGGCACCCAGCAGCGGCUGCUGGUCCAGACGAGCGUGCAGGCCAAGCCAGGCCACGUGUCACCCCUCCAGCUCACCAACAUCCCGGUGCCCCAGCAGAGGUCCGUGGUCCAGGCCACUCCACAGGUGCCCAAAGCUGGCCCCGUGCAGCAGCUCACAGUGCAAGGGCUCCAGCCAGUCCAUGUGGCUCAAGAGGUGCAGCAGCUCCAGCAGGUGCCGGUCCCACACGUGUACUCCAGCCAAGUGCAGUAUGUGGAGGGCGGCGAUGCCAGCUACACAGCCAGUGCCAUCCGCUCCAGCACCUACCCCUACCCUGAGACACCUCUGUACACACAGACGGCAGGCACCAGCUACUAUGAGGCUGCGGGCACAGCUGCCCAGGUCAGCACACCUGCCACCUCCCAGGCAGUGGCCAGCAGUGGCUCUGUGCCCAUGUACGUGUCUGGCAGCCAGGUUGUUGCCAGCUCCACCAGCAGUGGGAGUGCAGCCAGCAACAGCGGCAGCGGCGGCAGUGGAGGCGGGGGUGGUGGUGGUGGCGGCAGUGGUGGCGGCAGCAGCAGUGGCAGCGGAGCUGGUACCUAUGUGAUCCAAGGCGGCUACAUGCUGGGCAGUGCCAGCCAGUCCUACUCCCACACCACCCGUGCCUCACCAGCCACUGUCCAGUGGCUUCUGGACAACUAUGAGACAGCCGAGGGCGUGAGCCUGCCUCGGAGUACCCUCUACUGCCACUACCUGCUGCACUGCCAGGAGCAGAAGCUGGAGCCUGUCAAUGCCGCCUCCUUUGGCAAGCUCAUCCGCUCUGUCUUCAUGGGCUUGCGCACCCGACGUCUCGGCACCAGGGGCAACUCCAAGUACCACUACUAUGGCCUCCGCAUCAAGGCCAGCUCGCCCCUGCUGCGGCUGAUGGAGGACCAGCAGCACAUGGCCAUGCGGGGCCAACCCUUCUCACAGAAGCAGAGGCUCAAACCCAUUCAGAAGAUGGAGGGCAUGACCAAUGGUGUGGCCGUGGGGCCACAGCAGGCCACUGGGCUGUCGGACAUCAGUGCCCAGGUCCAGCAGUACCAGCAGUUUCUGGAUGCCUCAAGGAGCCUCCCUGACUUCUCAGAGCUCGACCUCCAGGGCAAAGUGCUGCCUGAGGGCGUCGGGCCUGGGGAUAUCAAGGCCUUCCAGGUCCUGUACCGGGAACACUGUGAGGCCAUCGUUGAUGUCAUGGUGAACCUGCAGUUCACCCUGGUAGAAACGCUGUGGAAAACCUUCUGGAGGUACAACCUCAGCCAGCCCAGUGAGGCGCCACCGCUGGCCGUGCAUGAUGAGGCCGAGAAGCGGCUGCCCAAGGCCAGCCUGGUGCUCCUCUCCAAGUUUGAGCCCGUGCUCCAGUGGACCAAGCACUGUGACAACGUGCUGUACCAGGGCCUGGUGGAGAUCCUCAUCCCCGACGUGCUGCGGCCCAUCCCCAGUGCCUUGACCCAAGCGAUCCGGAACUUUGCCAAGAGCCUGGAGAGCUGGCUCACCCACGCCAUGGUGAACAUACCCGAAGAGAUGCUGCGGGUGAAGGUGGCAGCGGCUGGCGCCUUCGCGCAGACACUGCGGCGCUACACAUCGCUCAACCACUUGGCGCAGGCGGCGCGCGCUGUGCUGCAGAACACCGCGCAGAUCAACCAGAUGCUGAGCGAUCUCAACCGCGUGGACUUCGCCAACGUGCAGGAGCAGGCCUCGUGGGUGUGCCGCUGCGAGGACCGCGUAGUGCAGCGGCUGGAACAGGACUUCAAAGUGACGCUUCAGCAGCAGAACUCACUGGAACAAUGGGCGGCCUGGCUGGACGGCGUGGUGAGCCAGGUGCUCAAGCCCUACCAGGGCAGCGCCGGCUUCCCCAAGGCGGCUAAGCUCUUUCUCCUCAAGUGGUCCUUCUACAGCUCCAUGGUGAUCCGGGACCUGACCCUGCGCAGCGCCGCCAGCUUUGGCUCCUUUCACCUCAUCCGGCUGCUCUACGAUGAGUACAUGUACUACCUGAUCGAGCAUCGCGUGGCCCAGGCCAAGGGCGAGACACCCAUCGCAGUCAUGGGCGAGUUCGCCAACCUGGCCACCUCUCUGAACCCCCUGGACCCAGACAAAGACGAGGAGGAGGAAGAAGAGGAGGAGAGCGAGGAUGAGCUGCCGCAGGACAUCUCUCUAGCAGCCGGCAGCGAGUCGCCCGCGCUGGGCCCUGAGGCUCUGGAGCCACCGGCCAAGCUGGCGCGGACAGAGGCGCGCGGCCUCUUCGUGCAGGCGCUGCCCUCCAGCUAAGCCCUAGGCCUCCCCCGUCCCGCCCGCCCUACCCCGCUGCCCCUCCUCGCCAGGGUCCCUCACAGCUAUUGUGGCUUCGCUGUCACCACUCCAACCGCUCCAGGGCCGGGAGGGGGCCUCCGAGACAGGGAAGGCAAGGGGGUCCCCCCCCCAUGGGGCCGGCACAAUCACAGGGCCGGGCGGAGCCGCAGCUGCAAACUCUGACACAAAAGACGUGCCUUAAGGAACCCGCCGUCGUGCCCAGGUGCCCCCUGGGGCAGCCAGCUUGGCCCCUUGGCCCCAAAGGCUGCAUCUCCUUCCCUUCCCAGCCCCGCCCCUGCCACCCCAGGGGGCAGGCAGGCAGGCCCCCUCCCUUGCAGAACUGUUAACUUAUUCAGCUCGCUGGCUUUGCACAGCCUGACCUGGGCCCAGCCCUGAGCCCCGGGUGGGCACAGGUGGGCAGACCUGGGGACCCACCACUGUCAGCAGCAGCCCUGGACCCUCCCCCCAGCAACCCCACUGCUUCCCCCUCCUUGGUAUAAGUGCAAUUAAAGCCGUGGGUGUCGCAUCUGCUCCAGCGCUGGGCCCUCCCUUGCCCUCCCUUGCCCUAGACGGGGCCACUGCCUGACCUGGAUAGGGGGAGGGCAGCAGGGGCACCACCUCCAGCUUCCAAAGAGCGGCAGGCUGGGCUGGGUGCCCCGGGAGGGCCUGCUGCAGGCGGUGGGCUCAGAAGUGCCCAUGCUGGCCCCAGCCAGGGCUGGGUGCUCCGCUGGCUCAGAUCCAAGACCCCCGAGUCCUGGGCCCUCCUCGCCGCUGGUUUGUAAUGGAACCUCCAUGCUCCUACUCUCCCCGGAGACCGUGCUUCUUCUCCGUGCGUGCGACCCCUGCCCCCCCACAUGACUAUUGUGCGAUUUGUGAGCGGAGUCGGUAACUUGUUGGGUUUUUUUCCAACCAUCAUGGCCUUAUCUGUUCCGGUUUUCUCAGUGUUUUCAACCUGUGAGAUAGAUGUUUAUGGCAAAAAGCGAAAAAUAGAAAAAAGAAAAAAAAAAAGAAAAACCUGACCUAUUGUAUAAACAUCACUAUUUUGUGUGCUCUGCGUGCUACAGCUUUUGGGGUGGCUCGCCCACUCCCCCUCCCUACCCCUUGGGGGCUCCCCCCUCUCCUGGCGGUGAAAGUGUCCACGCGUGUGGUAGUCUAGUGUGCCGAGCUGUUUUCUACCUUUUUGUAGUCUUUCUUAAAACAAUAAAUUCCGCUGUGAUA